UCUUGUGUAAAAAAAAAACAAAAAUAUGAAAAAAUCAAAUCAAUGCCUUGUACCCAAGAUCCUCGAUAUGGGCCAAUGGGAUUCAAAUAAAAUUAAACACUACAGUUCGCUGCCGCGUAUUCAGAAACAGUUGCGCAGAGGAAACUGGGCGUACAUACAGGAACAUCCCGAGAUACGUGCCAUUAUACGUGUGAUUUUACAACAUGUAAUCAACGAAAAUCCCGACAAUGUCCGAGAGUGUGUAGGUGAAUUUUUCCACUGUCGUCGUACACGAUUGCUGGUGCCCAUGAUAAACACGCAAUUAAAGUACGUUAAGGAGCAGCUCAAACGCGGACGUUGGAGCAAAUUUGAUGCGGAAACAUUGUUCAUGGAGAGUCCAUCCACACAUUCGCUACUGUCCACAGCGUCCACAGAUUUCAACGUUCAUCCCGUGCUCACCUACGCACUGGUGUUCAAGAAACCCGAUGAGUGCGGCAUAGACAAGCCUCCUUACUAACUACUAAUCCAAGAUUUACUGGACAAUAAUAUGAUAUGCUUUUUGUUGCAGUUCUGAAAUAAAAUUAAUUGAUAAAAGCCUAUUAGAUAA